AUGCCGGUGAAGGAGCUGCCACCGCUGCGGGUAAGGGACCUCUUCUAUACACCCCCGAGCCACCAAGAAGUAAUGAAAAGAACACUUGCUCGAGUCGUUGAAGCAGUGAAGAAGUCCUCUGGUCUACUGAUGGAUACAUUUGAUGCUCUCGAAAUAGCCGAGGUACAGAGGAUCCGUGAAGAGCUCAACAUACCUCUUGUACUCGCAGCUGGUCCUGUCAACAAGCUAUCCUCUAAGAGCAUAGGGAGUAGUUUGUUGGACCAAGACUUCAGUUGCAUUGAGUGGCUCGACCAGCAUCACCCAGAAUCGGUGUUGUAUGUGAGCUAUGGAAGCCUGGCUUCCCUGGACUCCAAUGAGUUCUUGGAGGUGGCUUGGGGUUUGGCCAACAGUGGCCAUCCUUUUCUAUGGGUGGUUCGGCCAGACUUGGUACGGGGUAUGGAUUGUCCAGAUUUUCCAAAUGGCUUUGAGGCUGCAGUUCAUAGCAGGGGCAAGGUGAUUCGAUGGGCGCCGCAGCAGGAGGUGCUGGCGCACCCUGCGGUCGGUGGAUUUUGGACUCACAACGGAUGGAACUCAACGUUGGAGAGUAUCUGUGAGGGUGUUCCAAUGAUGUGCAGGCCUCAAUUUGCAGAUCAGACGACGAACACGAGGUAUGUGGUGAACACAUGGGGUGUAGGGUUGGAGCUAGAAGGUGAGCUUGAAAGAGGAAACAUAGAGAAGGCCAUUAGGAAGCUCAUGAAGGAAAGGGAGGGAGGGGAGAUGAGGGGAAGAGCUAAGGAGCUUAAGAAGAAAGUGGGAGAAUGUUUGAAAGAUGGUGGGACUGCUCAGAUCGCCAUUGACAAGUUGGUGAACUACAUACUUUCUAUGUGA